CAGGUUGAUUAUAUCAUAGUGACAUAGUUGGCUGGCACAUGUGUAGCUCUAUGUGUAUAUCACUAGGUUAGGCCCAUUGUAUGUCUCAAUUUUUUGUCGCACUUUGGUCAUUCUGCAGAUCACCGUGACUUACAACUCCGAAAACCGCAUAACUUUCAACGCUUCGCCCGCAAAUAUCUCACUACUUUUCCUCCAAAGCUAGAAGGUAUCUUGAGAGGACUUGGCUUCUUGAACUUUUCAAAGUCACAACGAAAUUCUCUUCAAGAAAAGAUGUCGAGACCCAAUCGCGCACCCCGUUCCAAGUCCUUCAUCGACGUAGCCAAGGAAGCCGUGGACAGGUUCCGGAACGGCGGCGCCGACCGGAGCUCGAGCCGGCCCUCCCCAAACCGCCGGCAUCACAACUACGACGACAAAAACUAUCGUCACCAGCGUUCCCGUGGAAACAGCUACGACUACGACUCGGACGGCUAUUCUUUGUCCGAAGACGAUUCCUAUUACCCCGACAAAACGUCUCGGUCGUCCCGAUCGUGGCGACACAACGACCGCGGACGCUCUGCCCGAUCAGCAGACUACUACUCCGACUCGGACUCCUCCUAUGAUAGCGUAGACAACAAACGGGGCGGCCACCAUCGUUACCGCUCCAGCCAACGCAAACGCGCCCCUUCGGUACCGUCGCAAGUGCGCAGCGCGGACGGGAAACCGAACUGGGACCAGGCUAUCAAGGCGGCGGUGACGGCGGGCGUGGUGGAGGGGUGGAAGUCGCGGAACGACCGGGAGAGAAAGAUGCAGCGGAUUGCGACGGCGGCCGCGGGGGCGGCGGCUAUGGAUUUGUUUGUGAGCAAGGGGCCGGGGGAUCGGAAGAAUAAGAGGCAUGUGGCCGAGAGUACGUUGGGGGGUUUGAUGUUGGAUAAGAUGCUAAAUGGGAAACGAUAAAACGGGGUGCUGUGAGGGCCAUAGAUGUGGCUUAGGGUAGUGAAUUAUGAUACAAUUUUUGGGCUGCGAAGCUGAUGUCGAGGAGAUGCACACUCCUGGGUAAUCGGUAGAGCGAAGUGUCUUCGUACAUCCCCAAUGAAUGAACCAAUCAGACUUCCAUUGCAUCUGUUGGCCUGAAGAACAUGUCCAUGAACUUAAUCAUCUUGGACAAGCUAUCAGACCGACAUGGCUUCAACACUGGACCGAGCCCGUCUUCAAUCUCCAUACAAUCGUAAUGGUACUUUUCACAAGUCCAGCAACAAAGUCUCUCCCUUAAGCUCUGUAAUCGGCACCCUUUUCGUUCUCAUCUCCAAAACAAUGACACUCGAGG